AGAAGAAGAAGAAAAAUAAAAAGAAGAAAAAGAAGAAAAAGAAUGAAAAUAAAUCUGGAAAACAUACCUGUUGAAACUAAGUUGCUGUUGUACUGUUGAAGUCUUGAAGAAGAAGAAGAAGAAACCUAGUUUGCCUGAACAAAUCGCUGCUUGAAGUCAGGAAGAAAUCGCUGGUUUGAAGAACCCUAGUUUGCUGCUAAAGAAAUCGAAGAAGUGCUAAAACAGAAAUAGCGAUUUGGGUCUUUUGAAAAAAGACUUUGGGUCCUUUUAAUUGAAAAAUCGUCCGCUUCGAUCGCUUCUGGGCGCUUCACCGCUUUUCGCUUUUUAGAGAGAAGCGGUCGCUUAUGCAUACCUGAGCCGCUUUUAACACUGCUAGCGAUACCCCUCCCGCUCCGCUUCGCUUCUCGCUUAAAGCGAGGAAGCGCCUGCUUUUUUUAACACUGUAAGUACGAGCAGAAGUCUUUAGUGUCUAAAGAGCCCAUAAGUAAAUUUCCUUACUCCAAACAGCCCCCUCUGUUGCAAGCCCUUCGGUGUCUAAACCACCUUUGCUUCCAACUCCUCCUUCCAAACUAGCCUUACCUCCACCUCCCCCAUCUACCUCCAAUCCAUCUUAUUCAACCUCGAAAUUUCCUGUCAAACGCCUUUCCCCUGCUGAGAUUCAACAACGACGUGAGAAGGACUUUGCUUUUCUUGUGAUCAAAAUAACUCUCCUGGUCAUAAAUGUAAACCUUUUCCCCAUCUCUUGAUCAUCACAGAUGAGACAUCUGACUUGGUUAACUUCUCUGAUUCAUUUGUUCCCGAUGAUAUCUUGGCCGAGGAGCUUCAAUGCCUCGAGGUUCAAUUGCACUCGGCUAUAUCCUACCAUGCCUUGGCAGGUGGAAAUUCCUCGACCACCUUACGAUUUUGUGGCCAUGUUAAUGGCUCCCCAGUUCAGGUGUUGUUGGACGGUGGGAGUACCCAUAAUUCUAUUCAACCCUGGGUAGCAAAAUUUCUGGAUCUUAAGGUGGAUUCUACCCCGAAUAUUUCAAUGGUGGUUGGGAGUGGUCAGCGUCUCCAAUGUGAAGGAGUGAUUCGUGAUGUUCCUCUCACUAUUCAAGGGUGUCUCCUUUCUCUUGAGCUAUAUGUCCUUUCUUUCCAGGGUGCUGAUGUUGUCUUGGCUUGCUACUCUUGGCCCAGUAGUAAAAGAUUAUAGUCGCUGCUGUUUUGAGUUCACUCUGGCUGGAACUCGCUAUGUUUGGAAUGGUGAACCACCGCUUGAGGUUCAACCUGUACAACUUCAAAGUCUGCGGCGUUUGGCCUCUAUGGAUGCAAUAGCUUCAUACUUCUGCUUGGAACUUGUUCAGGAUGUUGGUUCUUCAACCCCUUCUUAUCCUCCUGAGUUGUCUAAUGUCUUGCAAGAUUUUCGAGAUGUUUUUGGCAAACCACAUGGUCUACCUCCAGCUCGUUCCCAAGACCAUGCUAUCCACUUAUUGCCAAUGGAAGGAUCUGUGAAUGUGAAACCAUAUCGUUAUCCGUAUUUUCAGACAAGUCAUGGAGCAGUUAGUUGGGAAUAUGCUUCGGGAAGGCAUUAUUCGACCCAGUACAAGCCCAUUUUCUUCUCCAGUUCUUUUGGUUCGAAAGGACGGUACGUGGCGAUUUUGUGUAGAUUACAAAGCUCUGAAUGCUAUCACUGUGUGUGAUAGGUUUCCCAUGCCCUCUGUGGAUGAAUUAUUCAAUGAAUUAUACGGCGCUCGAUAUUUUUCCAAGCUGGAUUUGUUAUCUGGCUAUCAUCAGAUCCGUAUUCGACCUGAGGAUGUUGCUAAGACUGCAUUUCGCACUCAUGAGGGUGACUAUGAAUUUUUAGUGAUGCCUUUUGGUCUAUUGAAUGCACCCUCGACUUUUCAAGCCACAAUGAAUUGCGUAUUUAGGCCAUAUCUUCGGAAAUUCGUACUUGUAUUUUUUGAUGACAUUUUGGUAUAUAGUGGCUCAUGGGAUUUGCAUCUUCAGCAUUUGGCAACAGUCCUUCAAGUGCUUCGUGACAACUGCUUAGUUGCAAAAGAAUCUAAUUGUCUAUUUGGCCAACAACAAAUAGACUAUUUAGGACACGUGAUUUCCUAUGACGGUUUGACUGUGGAUCCUCCCAAAAUUCAGGGUAUAUUAAAUUGGUACUCCAAAGAAUGUCAAAGAAGUGCGAAGUUUUUUGGGAUUAACGGGCUAUUACCGUCGCUUCAUUAAGCAUUACGCUUCCAUGGCUAGUCCUCUCACUGAUUUGCUUAAAAAAGAUGCAUUUCAGUGGAAUGCUUGUACUCAAGCUGCCUUUGAUACAUUGAAGCAGGCCCUUGGCUCAACACCGGUGUUAGCAUUGCCAAAUUUCUCCAAGGAGUUUCGUCUGGAGACUGAUGCAUCCGGGACUGGUAUUGGUGCCGUGCUGUCUCAAGAUGGACACCCAGUUGCUUAUUUUAGCCAGCAAUUGUGUC